AUUUCAUCACGUUUAUCAUUGACACCAAUAUGGGCGCACUACACUCCUCCUUGCGUUAUCCUCCCUGUUCAGGGGUCCAUAAUGCGAUCCAUCGCGAUGGACUCAUUGCAAAAGCGGUGUCAGCUACUCGGUGCCGCUUCCACACACUCGACUUACCCGGCCUUUGAUGUGCACCCAAUGCCUGGAUCCUUGCCAGUGACUGUCACUCAAUCUUGAAUCUAGAAGGGCACACGUUUGCAGACCGGCACAGCGAUCCAGCUGCGCACUGUAGUGUCACGGUCGGAGUAGC